AUGGCACUACGAUCGAUUGCUUUUUGUGGCCCUUCUGGAAGCGGAAAAAGUACCUUAAUUAAGAUGCUACUCAAAGACUAUCCUUAUUAUUUCGGCUUAAGCAUAUCACAUACUACGCGUAAACCUCGACAAGGCGAGCAAAACGGCAGGGAAUAUUAUUUUACCCAACGUGAUGAAAUGACUAGACGUAUUAAAAAUGGAGAAUUUAUUGAGAGUGCAGAAUAUUCGGGCAAUCUGUAUGGUACAAGCAAAAAAGCUGUCCAAGAUGUAACCAAUAGUGGAAAAGUGUGUCUAUUGGAUAUCGAUGUCCAGGGAAUAAAAAUACUUAAAAAAACCGAUCUACCAGUAACUUAUAUAUUCAUUAAGUCACCAAAUCAGGCAGAAUUGGAGAAACGACUUAGAAAUCGUGCGACAGAAACUGAGGAAAGUCUACAGAAGCGAUUAAAAACUGCAAUUAUUGAAAUGGAAUUUGGAGAAUCACCAGGAGUCUUUGAUCAUAUUAUCAUUAAUGAUCACUUGCCAGAUGCUUAUAGUAACCUUAAAGCAGCAAUUACGACGGUACUAUAG